UGAAUUCACAAGACACACAUACAUUUCACACAAUGCCGAUCCAAAUAUUUGCACCCGCGGCAGCAGCGCCUGCUAUCACAAAUCGUCGCGAUGAUUCAGACGACGAAAUGGAACUAGACAACGAAGACCACGCCGCGCGCUCGUCAAAACGCUCAAAAAACAUCAUCACCCCCGGCGAAGUCAUCACCUCGGAUCCCCAAUGGAUGCGCGGCCACGGCACAUACACGAACGAUAACGGCGACCUCGCUCCCAUCAUCCGCUCCACCCUCGCCGGCACAUUGCAAAAGACAAACAAACUGCUCUCCGUGGUACCGCUGCGCGCACGCUACACGCCAGAGAUUGGAGAUUUGGUUAUUGGCAGGAUUGUCGAGGUGCAAUCGAGGAGGUGGAAGGUUGAUGUCGCCGGCGCCUUGACGGCUGCCUUGCCGUUGAGCAGUAUCAAUUUGCCCGGCGGUAUCUUGCGCAAGAGGACUAGUGUGGAUGAGUUGAACAUCCGCACCUUCUUUGAAGAGGGGGAGUUGUUGGUUGCGGAGGUGCAGAGUUUGUUCCAGGAUGGCUCGGCGUCGCUACAUACCCGCAGUUUGAAGUAUGGCAAGCUGCGCAAUGGCUACUUUAUGGCUGUGUCGGGUGUUGGUGGUGGCGCUGGUGUCGUGAGGGCAAAGAGACAGAUCUUCACUUUGCAGACCUCUAGCAGAGGUGGUGAGGUUGAUGUCAUUCUCGGAGUCAACGGUUACAUCUGGAUCUCCAAGCACAUCGAGGCAGACAAGAGCAAGGACGUCAGCAUCACCAGCAUCGAAGAACAAGUCAAGACCACAAUGUACUCGAGCCAGAACGACGACAUCAGCCCGGAUACGAGGAGAGAAAUUGCCAGAGUCGCUGGUUGCAUCAGAGCGCUGGCUGAGAAUGGCGUCAAGGUCGAUGAAGAGAUGGUUCGCAGAUCAUAUGAUGCCAGUCUCGACCUUGAGCAAGAUGAGGGAGAAGAGGGCGCUGGUUUCUUGGGCGGAGAAAGAGGAAGACUCAUCGUAGAUAUGGCAUUGAGAGGCUCGGGUUGAAAUCGCUCAACAAGCACCACCACACACCAUCAUGCCCUUUGGCUAGCCAAGUGUCCCAGAGCACUCGAGUCGACGCCGACGAGGAGCUUCUGCAAAACUCUCCGCCAGUUUCUGGGAGCUCUUUGCAAGCCCCCAUCUCCACUUUGGCCAUCCCAGCGUCGUUUAUACGAGUAUGCAGAGGACCUGUCGCUCGAGCGGACAAAGAUUAUGUAGAGCAGGACUAUCUUCAAGACUGCAUUCGCGCUCUCAAGCGCGCCAUUAUUCAUAUAAAUUUGCAACGC